CACAACCAGGGGCUAUUUUAUUCCGACAGCUGUAUCAAUCAAUGAAGAUUGCGGCGGUGGUGGCGAUUCUCUUGGCGUGGACAUCAUGCACCGAACCGUCUUGUUUUGCAAACGGCCAGAGUAGCACGAACGAGCCCAGUCCACUCAACUUCGACGUCGUCGAAAACUUUGUCUUGGCCUCGCCCGUGGCACGCGUCCACCGAUACACCGUCGCGUCAUACGCUGCCAAUGACCCGAACGAAGAUCGAUACGUAGUGCAAGUGAACUCGGACGCAGUGUUCGCGUCCGUCUUGGACGGCCACGGGGGAUGGCAGGUGGCUGAGUACGUGAAGAAGCACUUGGUCGACAACACCGCCUCCCUGCUUCAUGAUGCUGCUUUCAACAACCCUCCUGCUUCCAACGACCCCACCCACAUCGAGUCGUUGUUGUCGAAUGCGUUCGUGGACACCGACGACGCGCUGCGCACCCUCCUGCUUCUAUCCUUUCAGGUGGGAUUCGGGCUAGUGAACCGCGUGGGAGCGUGCACGAUGCUGGCGUAUGCAAAAGGAGACACUUUGGUCGUGGCCAACGCCGGCGACGUCAGGGCGGUGCUAGCGUCGAACGAUGCCUCGAGGGGGCUGGUGGCAACACCCCUGAGCACUGACCACAACGCCAAGCACGUGUCCGAACAAAAUCGGUUGACCGAAAACCAUCCAAAUGAGACCGACGUGUUCAAAUGCAAAAAGUCGUGCCGCGUCAAAGGCAUCUUGCAGCCCACGCGCGCGUUGGGGGACUUUGCCUUCAAGUAUGAAGAAUUCAACACGUUUCCUGGUGGUCCAAAGCAUAGAGGCGGCGGUGAUUUCAUCCCGGAUCUACUCACACCACCGUACGUGCUGGCAGUUCCGGAAACCCAAGUACAUACGCUGACGGAUGCCGACGAAUUUCUCAUUUUGGGAAGCGAUGGGCUAUGGGGUAAAUUGUCCAACGAAGAAGCGGUGAAAAUUGUCGCUGAUUAUGCAUCUCGUGGCGAGCACGACCUAGCCGCCAAGGCAUUGGUCAACCAGGUGAUCAACACGACUGCCAAAAAUGUCAAUGUGGAUUGGAACGACAUUGCCAACUUGAAACCAGGGAAAAAUCGACGUAAAUUCCACGACGAUACAGCCGUCGUGGUGCUAUUUUUCAAGUCGUGAUCAACAUUGAACACUAAUUACAUGUAAAGUCUGCAUCUUCAUUCGA